UUAUAAAAAUAUGAUGCAAGGGAACACUUUUCUCUCUAAAACUGAAAAAGCUAUCAAUGGUGACGAUUUCACCAGUUUAUAUCCACUGAACCAAACCGUCUUCGAAACGAGGAAGGCAAAGUCUGUGCAAUUUUUAAAAAAACCUGGGUAUUGCUACUUUCGGUACUCUCUGUUGAUGUUCUGGGCAGUUCCUUGUCAAUGUUCCCUGGCCUUACUCCUGCUUUAACUCGCCUCCGCCUCGAUCCUAAAUAGUACUGUACAUGUCCUGCAGUCUUGCCGCAGUGCAGGUUUCAAAUCUAGGACUCCUCCGCACUAUAGCAAAAUAGGCACAUCCUAAUGUGGGAAUAUCACAAAAAGUCGGCUUAUCGUAACACACACAACAUUGGGUGCAUGCUAUUCAUCAUUUUAUUAUUCAUUUUAAUUCAACCUAUACCACUCCUUUGGGAUAAAGCUAUCUUUGGAAUAACAUUUUGGCGAACUGAUAUCCCCAAAUAAACCUGGCCUCAGCGCGCGCAGCAGGUCAAAUCAAGAUGGCGGCCCCCAUGGGCAACCUCGACAGCGAACUUGGGCUAUUUUUAUAAAACCGAGUGAAGUUGUUAUACUUCAAUAUAACGAUAAAAUUGAACGGCAGAGGUGUUUCCAAAUAAUGUCGAGGAGAAUAUUUUCGUUAUGUUUAUCCUGUCCGAAAUUUGCAUAUCGAAGACUGUGCUCUUCAAAUGACGGACUGAAUGCAAAGAUACCUCCCAAACCAACAUGGAAAGAAAUUGAUCCAACCAAGAUGCCAACGGAGCCAGUCAUUGACGAGCAGACCAUCCAACGCUUGGAGAGACUAGCCCUGGUGGAUUUCAACAAUGUGGCUGGCAUACGGAGGCUGACAGAAGCCAUUAAAUUAGCCGAUCAGAUUCUGACAGUGGACACCACUGGUGUGGAACCCAUGGACUCGGUUUUGGAGGACAGGACUUUGUAUCUCAGAGAAGAUGAGGUGACUCAGGGAAACUGCGCAAAAGAAAUUCUUCAAAAUGCAGCAAAGACCUGUGAAGAAUACUUUGUAGCUCCCCCAGGUAACAUUCCCUUGCCUUCUAAGCCUGUGGCCAGAUAUGACGAGACACAGCAAUCAGACAGGCAAGAUGAUUACUGACAGCAGCUGAAGAAGGGAUGUAAGAAAAAAAGGGUGGGGCAAGAAGUUUGAUGGUGGACACUGGACAGGGUAGCCAGGGGCCGGUUGGGGGAGUACGCCAGUCUUGAUCUAUACCAAAGGGGGCAAGGGCAAACAUGCCAAAACUUAACGUUCUUGGUGUAGUUCCCUGCCCUAUGUGAGCACCAAUCAACUGUCCUGUAGCCUCUUACCUUUAGACAAGAAGAAAGGGCUUUGGAGAUCAAUGCAUUGUUUUUGGAUACUCACCUUUCAAGGAAUGAUCCCUUUUUCCUCGUUGUUUUGAUCAAAAAGAGCACACUUUUUCUCCAGACUCCCCCUUCAGCCCACCAAGAGCGCCCAAACCGAAAUGGGGACAAAAAAGACGACUUCUGUGCUAGGUAUUACAUGCCUCUUGACCAGUGGGGUUCUCUGAAUUGGUAAGCGUAUGUGCGUGUUGAGGUCGGCAAGGUGCAGCAGUGCAUGUGAAUGCAGUUCUGGCAUCUCCUCGGAUCACUUUCUUGGCCUUUUAAAUUUUUUUUUUUACGUACACAGUUCACUAACCCCUUCCCCCAGUGUACGGUUUGGACACUUGUGAAUGUGACCAAAAACUGAUCACCCCUAAAUGGAUUGAGAAAACGUCUCUUGAAUUUUUUUUUUCAUCUUUUUUUUCUCAUUCAGAUGUAAAGCUAGUCAGUUAGAGAAGACACUAUGAAUAGCCUAACAAAAUUUGAGUAAUGCCGAUUUUGUUUCACUGAAAAUUCUGAACAUUUGCAGGUUAUUUAAAAUUGAGGUUGAACAAGUCAAUUCAACUUCGAUGGAACUUGAAAGCAUGAAUAAAAUAUGUAAAAAGAA